GACGCCUUUCAUAUAAAAUUGUAAAAUUCAUUAACAACAAACUUUUAUGCAAGGAAAUACUCAUAACAUACAAGUAGAAAUAAUAUUACAUGAAUUAUUGGAGUAAAAUCUAAUCGCAAACCAAAUAAAACUUUUGGUCAGAGGCUAUAAACAUGGCGGGGCAAAGUGCGGGUAAUUCGCAUUUCGAGAAAAUAGAUGAUGAGUUAAUGAGCUUAGAGAAGUUAGAUCGAGCUUCACCAGAUUUAUGGCCUGAACAGAUACCUGGUGUUUCAGAAUUUGCAGCUGUAAAAAGUCCAUCGAUGACAGCAGAUGAACCUCCACCAAAAUGGUUGGCAGAUUUAGAAAAUGAUGAUAUAGAACUUUUACAAGAAUUUGGAAGUUUAACAACGUCUCAACUAAUGGAGAAAGUCAAAGGCUUACAGAAUUUAGCUUAUCAACUUGGACUAGAUGAAGCUCGUGAAAUGACAAGAGGUAAAUUUCUUAACAUCUUGGAGAAACCCAAAACACGUUCUUGAUCAUCCAGUUUCUUCUCCAGAAAGCAUAGAUAUUAAACAUUUUCUUUAAAGGACUUUCACCCGAUUAUAGUCAAUUCCACAUAAAUGGAACAGUUUGUAAAUAUUGGCAGCAUUUUUAUAUUAUAUUUGUUUUAAAUAUGUUUCAAAAAAUAGAAUAACAGCUUUGAAGUGAGUAGUUUGAACAAGAGUUCAAGCUGGAGGGGUUUGUGGGGAGAGGAAGGGGUGUAUAUAAUCUGUUUUAUGGAGUAUGGGUACAUAUCGUCUCACCUCAGUAUUUUAACCAUACAAAAUCAUUCUAAGCCAGUGACAUGAACAACUGUAUGCAGUAGUGUAUUAAAAUACAGGAAUUUAGAACGGCUAGAUUCUAUUGAAUUUUAUGUAUUGAUAUCAGGUGUGUUGUGGGAUGACGAUCUGUUCUCGUUGAAAAGACGAUUUACCUCUUAUAAUUCAAGACAGUUUUGAGGGUAUAAUCGAUUUUGUGUUUCACAGGCCUACUUUUGCCUAAUCGUUUGAAACUAUACAGUCUGCUCUUGGGUUGUUUUUUUUUUGUUUUUUUUUAAAUAUUAUAAGUUUGUUUUGUUUUGUUAUAUUAUUUAUGUCUGGAAUCAACUGAAAUAUUUCUGUUAACUAUAACCACAACUUGGUAUGUGAUCACAGGGACCUGUGAAAACUAAAAACAAUAUUAGAUAUUAAAGACAAUGAUAUUGCCUCUACCAACAUUUUCUGAUACCCUACAUUGUUACAAGCCCCUGUGUGUUUUAUUUAUUACACAAUGGGAAUAAUCUGAUAUCAUUAUGCACUGUGAACAAAUAAUGAUCACAGGGUUUGGUUCUUACAAAAUAAUGUAAUGCAUAAAAGUUUUCAAUCACAGUGGUCUCAAUUUUGAAAUCAUUUCAUAAUUUAAAUUCAAACCUGACAAUUGAAUUUUAAUAUCUGUAAUGUAUGUAGAUUUAUGUGUGUUUUGUUGAGUUAGUAAGUAUUGAUCUUCACCACAAUGUAUAGAUUUUUCUAGCAAACAGACAAGAGUUCUAUCAAUGUUCUUAUAAUGAAUAUUACAUAAUUGUUGUCAUAUAAAAAAAUGUUUUGAUAAUGAAACUUGUGUUGAUUACAUGUAUGUACUAUCUUGAACCACUCUUUUCAAAUUCAAACCCAGUAACAUCACAAUUCCUAUCAUCCACAAUAAAUAUUACUGGUGUAAACUUGCCAUCUACCCAAUAACUACAACAUUAAAGGAAAUUAUACCAACUAGAAAUUUGUUGGCGGGCUGAAGUUAUUUAAUUCU